UACAGUAUGUAGAAUUUCAGGUAGGUGAGAGGAAACGUCAGCACAAUUUAAAAAAACUUCAGUAUGGAUCCUACCAUGCAGGAUUAUGCAAUAAGCUUGCCUCCCAUUCCCAGCCCUGGUGACAAAGUGGCCCUCUGUGUGGAAUGAGCUAACAGUGGGCUACCAUGAAGUGUGUCCCAGUAGCUCAAGUGUUUCUCUGCAGCCAGAGAGCUAGCAGGAAGUACAGCUCGGGUGCCUCUCCACUCCUCUCAUCAAUGCAGCUUUCAUUCUCUCUCGGUGGGGCAAAAUGGAAGCUGUACAAAAGGACCACUGGUACUUCGUGGUACUCAUCUUUCUUCCUUUUCUCAAAGUUGCUGUCCAGGAGAAAGAGGUGGUUCGUCUGGAGGAAGGGAUGGUUCUCAGCUGUUUGUGCCCCUGGGAAGGCAACCUCAGCAUGGUGUCCUGGACCAAAACACCAGACAAAGAUCCGGUAGCCGUUUUCCACCCAGAGUUUGGUGUGGCCUUUCAUCAGCAAUACCGCGAGAGGAUAGAGUUCCUGAGGACCACGCAUAUGGAUGGAAGUAUUUCCAUGAGGAACGUCACUCACCAGGAUAUUGGGCUAUACCACUGCUCUGUUCAGACCUUCCCACAGGGCCCCUGGACAAGGAACGUUCAGGUGGAAGAUUUAGAUGAACCCCCAGAAGAAGGCAAUGAUGCCACAGAGCCCCCCACCCCAGAGGUCCUCAAGACGGACACAGAGUUGGUGGAGGAGCAGAACAACAACCUGAACAUCAGCUGUAACCGCAAGCACAACGGCACCGUUUACCAGGUCAUUUUGGAGAAGAUGCCUCACAGCCAGCCCUGGGUCAUUAUUGGAGUGUGUAAGAAGGUGGAAGGAGGCCUUGUGAACGAAGACUACAGCGACAGGGGCUGGGUCAGCUGCACAGACAGCCUGGAUGUCAGCCUGCACCUGACAGGUGUGGUGCAGGAAGAUGGUGGUUUCUACCGCUGUACUUUUAGCACAGAUGAAGGGGUGCAGACCACCACCGUGCAGCUCACUGUUACUCCUCCAGGUGGAUUCAGCCUGUCCAUGUACAUGAUGUACAUUUACAUCGGGGCUGGAGCUGCUGGGCUUGUUCUACUCAUUGUCAUCAUCAUACUUGCAGUGAGGCACAGGAAGAAUAACAGGAGAGAGGAGUACAGAGUCAAACUGCACCCAUCUCACAGACAGCCAAACUUCUAUGAGAACAUCUCUGUGUGUCCCAGGCAGAAGAAAUGCAGGCAGAUAAGAAACUGCCCGGUGUAUGCCAACCUGCAGACUGUACGAUCACACAAAACCGAACGUCGGCUUCAUGAUAAAUGAGCAUACAUAAAUAUGAUGUACUGCAUAAUGUGAACGUGUAUUGUACCUGUCAGUGUGCCCUCAGCCUUUCACAAACAAAGCAGAUUCAUGUACAUAGGAGAUAAAAGAAAAACAUAUAUUGACUAGCACUCAUUAUUUAUUAGAGUUUUUUUUAUAUAUUAAUAUUCAUACUGUGGUUUGAAAUGAGGUGACAAGCUGGUGCUCAUGUACGUCUCAGGAAGCUGACAGGUUUGUUACGAGUCGAGCCCUGCUCCCUCUAAUUAAAUGUACCAUGUAUUUCAUAAUUACUGCUGAGGAAAUAUUUGUUUUGGGCAAAACAAUAUUUGACAGUAACCGUCAUGCAAGAAGAGCAGACAAAGGCCUGUAUAAUCAUUCUUUACACUCCCUUAACCCCCGAGUAAAGCAAUUGACAAAAGCCUGCGUAAUUGCUCUCCUUUUACUUUCAUCCCUCCUGGUUUCCAUUCAAAGCUUGACAAUGGUGUCUAAUCAUCUAACUGAAAAGAAAAGCAGUCACUCAGCACUGUACCGUCACUUGAGACCGCUGCUUUCCCCAAAGGGCUCUCUGUCUAGGAUGGCUGCAUUCUACUUACAGCACGCUCUUAUUAUGAAAGCUAAACUCUAAUUAGCUAAUCCUGUGCUUUAGUUUUUAACUCCUUAUAC